AUGAAGCUUCGAACUCUCUCCGUCUCUUUCUCUCUCUCACCUCUCUCUUCCCCUCUCCCUCUCUCUCUCUCUCCAUCUCUACCCUUUCUCUCUUCCUCUCCCCUCUCUCUCUUCCCCUCUCCCUCGCUCUCCCCAUUUGUCUCUCCUCCUCUUUCUCUACACUCUCUCUCCUCCUCUCCUCUCUCUCUUCCCCUCUCCCUCUCUCUCUACUCCUCUUUCUCUCCCCUCUCUUUCCUCCUCUCCCCUCCCCCUUUUCUCUACACUCCUCUCUCCUCCUCUCCUCUCUCUCCCCAUUUUCUCUUCCUCUUUCUCUACACUCUCUCCUCCUCUCCCCCUCUCUCUUCCCUCUCCCUCUCAUUCCCCAUUUUUUCUUCUCCUCUUUCUCUACACUCUCUCUCCUCUUUCUCUACCCUCUCUCUCCUCUCCCUCCCUCUCUCUUCCCCUACCCUCUCUCCCUAUUCUCUCUCCUCCUCUUUCUCUACCUCCCUCCUCUCCCCUCUCUCUCCUUCCCCUCUCCCUCUCUCUCCCCAUUUCUCUCUCCUCCUCUUUCUCUACAAUCUCUCUCCUCCUCUCCCCUCUCUCACUUCCCCUCUCCCCAUUUCUCUCUCCUCCUCUUUCUCUACAAUCUCUCUCCUCCUCUCCCCUCUUUCUCUUUCCCUCUCCCUCUCUCUCCUCAUUUUUCUCUCCUCCUCUUUCUCUACACUCUCUCUCCUCCCUCUUUCUCCCCAUCUCUCUCUCCUCUUCUCCCCUCUUUCUCUUUCCCUCUCCCUCUCUCUCCUCAUUUUUCUCUCCUCCUCUUUCUCUACACUCUCUCUCCUCCUCCUUCUCUACCAUCUCUCUCUCCUCUUCUCCCCUCUUUCUCUUUCCCUCUCCCUCUCUCUCCCCAUUUCUCUCUCCUCCUCUUUCUCUACACUCUCUCCUCCUAUCCCCUUUCUCUCUUUCCCUCCCCCUCUCUCUCCCCAUUUCUCUCUCCUCCUCUUUCUCUACACACUCUCUCCUCCUCUCCCAUCACUCUCUCUCCCCUCUCUCCCUCUAUCUCUCUGUCUCAUGUCUUAUAACAUGUGCAGAGGCAAGGGCACUGUACGUAGAUGA